UAUAUUCCACUGCGCUAGUGAUGCCAAAGCUGCCUGUUGUUUAAUGUAUCAUUGUUUUUUAAUCAGGCAAUGCCACGUCCCCUACAGGGUCCUACAUGGUCCUUCUCUGUCACAGUGUGAAAUAUGUUGCUAAAGUCAAAGCUAACUAAUGUUUUGUUUUUUAAAUCGAGUAUUAAACAUCUUUAUCGACAGUGAUGUAUAAUAGCUUUUAUAAGACCCCGGGUGGCUCCCAGUGUACAUACACCAAACUAAAAGCAGGGGGUCAAGCCAAGGAUUGGAAACCUGCGGGGGGUCAGGCUUGUGGUCCCGCGAUGGAGGAGAAGGCUGAGCGGACCCAGACUACCCACUACAUGGAGCUGGGCAGCUACCAGUACUGGCCAGUCCUGGUUCCCCGGGGGAUACGCCUGUACACCUACGAGCAGAUCCCCGCGUUCCUCCGGGAGAACCCCUACAUCACAGAUGGGUACCGGGCAUACCUGCCCUCCAGACUCUGCAUCAAGAGCCUCUUCAUCCUGUCCAAUGAGACGGUGAACAUGUGGAGCCACCUGCUGGGCUUCCUGCUCUUCUUCCUGCUGGGGGCCUACAACAUGGCUGCCGUGCUGCCGGCUAUCGGAGCGUCCAGGGAAGACUUCGUCAUCUACUGCAUCUGCAUCUUUUGCUUCCAGCUGUGUAUGCUAUGCUCGGUUGGCUACCACGUGUUCUGCUGUCAUCGCUCGGAGAAGACGAGCCGCCGCUGGAUGGCAUUGGACUACGCCGGCUUGUCCAUCGGCAUUCUGGGAUGCUACGUCCCGGGAGUCUUCUACGCUUUCUAUUGCAAUAACUACUGGCGUCAGGUGUACCUGCUGGCGGUCCUCGCCCUCAUGCUGGCCGUGUUCUUCGCCCAGAUCCACCCUCUGUACCUCAGUCAGCCCUGGAGGAAGCUCCGCUCCCUCAUAGUCUGCUCUCUGGCCGCAUACGGCCUCUUACCCACAAUGCACUGGGUCUGGAUCAGUGGAGGCUUCUCCUCUGAGCCCACACAGCUCUUCCUGCCCCGGGUUCUAGGGAUGUACCUACUGGCUGCUCUGGCAUUUCUCUUCUACGUCUCAAAAGUUCCUGAACGCUACUUCCCAGGCCAGCUGAACUACCUGGGCUCCAGCCACCAGGUGUGGCACCUCCUGCUGGUCCUGAUGUUUUACUGGUGGCACCAGACCUGCAACCUCAUCAUGGCCUACAGACACAGCCAGCCCUGCCCCGGAGCCCCCCAACAGGCCUAGUAGGGUCCUGCCCUGAGCCCCCCCAACAGGCCUAGUAGGGUCCUGCCCUGAGCCCCCCCAACAGGCCUAGUAGGGUCCUGCCCUGAGCCCCCCCAACAGGCCUAGUAGGGUCCUGCCCUGAGCCCCAAAACAGGCCUAGUAGGGUCCUGCCUGAGCCCCCCAGCAGGCCUAGUAGGGUCCUGCCCUGAGCCCCCCAGCAGGCCUAGUAGGGUCCUGCCUGAGCCCCCCAGCAGGCCUAGUAGGGUCCUGCCUGAGCCCCCCAGCAGGCCUAGUAGGGUCCUGCCUGAGCCCCCCAGCAGGCCUAGUAGGGUCCUUCCUGAGCCCCCCAGCAGGCCUAGUAGGGUCCUGCCUGAGCCCCCCAGCAGGCCUAGUAGGGUCCUGCCCUGAGCCCCAAAACAGGCCUAGAAUAUUCUGGGUUGGACUGGACUAGACCCAGGACAGUCUGAUUUAUAAGAUGGAAUAGUAUAAAUUCAGAUUAUACUGAUUAUACUGUCUGUUCCUGGCCUAACAUGCUUUUAGACGAGCAAAUCAACGUAGCUCAGCUGCCAAGCCACCAAGUAUUAUUGAUUUGUGCUGAUAAGAACCCUGUGUGUUACGAUAAUGGUUCGUUUUUAUUAAGUGCCUACUUGUAGCACAUUGAGUCACUCCUGAUCCUGCUAUUGGCCAUCAGUUGGGACCUUGACAAACAGAUCUUGGGUCCAACCGAGGCCCCUUGGAGAGGGCGUUGUAAUGUUAGGACGUUACUCCAUGAAUGUAGUGGUCUGACCCUGGAGCGUCUCCAUCUCAACCAUGUGUUGGGACGCUCGAGUCCAAUAACUGGAGAAUAAAGCACUUUCUUUUUUUAUCUCAAAUGGUAUCCAAUGUGAGGGAUUUUUCAGAGCAUACUCUCCCCCCCCCCCCCCCCCCACCCCCACGCGCUGCCAGCCACUGCCCCCGUACACACUACACUUCUGUUCCAAGGCGUUGCAGGCGGCGCUUGGGAUUCAACAAGUUUUUAUCCAACAGUCGUAGGGCGACGGGCACGUCCUGUGGGCUUUGGGUGCAUGGCAGCGAGUGACCCCGCGCCCCACAUGACGGCUGUGUGCAUCAAGCUUUAUUCACACAUUCAUUAUUUAAAUUGUCUAAAGGUAUUCAUGUUCAUUUCAUUUCGAUUUUUUGUCUGAUGGUCGCGCUGAGGUCCUCAAAACUUCCAGGGGUCAGCAUUAAAUGACCGUCAUAUGUAUGUAAGAUAAUUAUAUGAUACAUAUGCAGCCAGAGGGUUUGAAAAAAAUACAAAGGUUAUUUUUGAGAUAAUCGCGAAUGAUCAGUGGUCGAUAUAUCCAAAAGCAAAUCUUUUUCCCUCUUUUGAACUGGUUUUAGUUUUAAAUGUUAUUUAAAUAGUGUACAAUGUUAUCUAAAUGGUUGACUGUACUGUGUUGCAUUGUGAGUUUGUUUAGCUGUAGUGUCUUGCACCUCCGGAACAAUCUUCUAAUAAAAGAGACAUCGAAACAAAAACAAGUAUAAAUAUAACCGCAAGCGGUGAUUAACGGGGUCCGAGCAAAAUUAAAAGUCAAGAACACACUAAUGGAAGAUGUAUAAAUAUAAAAUUGUUCCACUUAUAAACCUGAACUGCUGCCUCAUUCACAUGGUCAAAAUGUCUAUUGAUAAGCACGCAACAUCCAGAAAACUCAAAGCACAUAUAAAUUAAGGGCUUUCUUCAAAGCAUAUACCUGAAAAAUCUUUGAAAUUCUGGGGAAAUUAAACAAUUAUUCAAGAACACUAACGGAAGAAAUAUAAUAUGACAGUUAAUUAUGAAGGAAAAAUGGUUAACGAAGAAGUUCCCCUUAAUGCCAUACUGUGUCUUGGCAGUCAGAUUCUUGAACAUGACAGAAUGUCAUGUUCAAGAAUCAGCUUGUUCAUAAUGCUCUAAUCAGGAUUCGAAAUCUCAUCCUAAGGAUCACCAGUACACGGCAUUAUCCCGUUGAGCCACUGACAUUCCUGGACUGUAUGAAGCCUCAUUCACAUGGUGAAAAUGUCGAUUGAUAAGCACACAUCAAAAAAACUCCAAACACACAUUUCACAAGAGAAUUAAGGGCUUUCUUAAAAGAGUACAGAUCAGAACAUUUGCACUGUUAAUGGUAUCCACCUCAUGAUAGCCGUAUGGUAGUUAUACAAUAACAAAAUUGUCAUAUAGGCAAAAUGGGUUGAGACUGGACGUUUGGCUUUUCUAUGAAAUUGUGGGAAAAGUAAAAAAGAAAUAGAGCAGAAGACCCGGGUGAAAAAUAUGCAUCUGAUUUUCGAGAUUAAUAUGAUGAAAGAAUUUAGAGUCCAGGUCAAUCUAGUAAGGAGAAAUAAGGCUAGUUCAUAAUUUUUUUAAAAUAACACCACCUUGGGUGCAGUACCACAAUGGGUAGUUGCGGUUAUUGGUAUCCACCUAAAAAUUGUCGUAUGUUGUUUUAUACAUAACAAAAUGGGCUAACUGCUCCAACUUUAUUGUGAAAGAAUUUUGAGUCCAGGUCAAUCUGGUGAGGAGAAAUAAGCCUAAUUUAUGAUUUUUUACAAUAGCGCCACCUUUGGGUGCAGUACCACACAUUUGAGUUUAUGGGUAGUGGGGGUUAUUGGUAGCCUGGUCCUACCAGACCAUCGUACUUCAUUUCAUUUGUACAGAAGGUCUAGAACUGCUGAAUUGACAAACGUUCACUCACUUGGAGGCGGGUGUCUGUAGAAGUUUUAAAAAUUAUUGGAUCUGCCAUAACCAAUCGCAUAGUGUUUGGUCGUGACGUAUGUCAUGCGACGGGACCGGCUCCUUCACCACUAACAGAGCCAGCUGGAAAAUCAAACUUUUCCCGAACCCGGUGGGGAGAAGCGCCACAACAUCAUGGCCACCAACAAAACUCUUGUUCUUGCUCCGGCUUUAAUUGAUAGAUUUUCGGCAGCGAUCCCACAACAGACCGAAAUUCCGAAUAGCUUCUCUCAUAUCCUUCUCCAUUGUCUUCCUCUGACUACAACUGAAACUGGCGCGCAACCUAGAUGUCAUCGUUCUCAGCCACUCCCUCUGUUCGCUGAUUGGACCGCCAGAAAUCUGGUUUCCAUGGAACGCAUUCAUAUUAAGCAGACCCAGACCUAGUACUGAAGUGUAAUAAAAAUUUAGCGAAAGUAGGUAGGUGGGCGGUGCCAGGCUAGAUUAUUGGUAGCCAUACCGUGAACAUUUCAAGAGUUUUCGAUUUACGGUAUAGGCUGUGUCACACUAAAUUUGUACCGGCUGCCAAAUUUGUACCGGGCUCGUCAUCCAUACGUAAUCCACUCCAAAUCUGCCUGGCAACAGAUGAUCGCUUCGUCCGUUGCCUGGCAACGGACGAUCGCGUCGAAUGACGUGAACAUUCGCGAACCUUCUAUCUAGCGAUCCGUUAUCUGUAUUGUGCUAUUUCGUCCUUGACCUGCUUUAAAGGCCCACUAUGCAACUUUUUUAGCCAAAAUUACAUUAAGUAUGCAGGUUGAGAGUUAUGCUGAUGGUUCUGCAUCCAUUUCUGGGUCGAUUGGUGGGUGUGUCAUUUUCCCAUGUUGCCUCUACAGUGAAAAAGCGCAUAUGCAACUUGAUCUGCUCGGACUGGGACAUUCCGGAUGUGACGCAGCGGAAGUAUCCUCGAAAAUGUAGUCAGAUUGUAGUUUCGAAAAUGCUUUCCGGCAGACACACACCCAAACAUGGCACCGGCUAGAUAUAAACAGCCAGUUGCGAGGCAAUUGUUGCAUUCAUCAUGGAUCAAUCGACUGAUAAGGGACCCAAGAGGCGACUGUCGGUGGAACAAAAGAAGAAUGGACCAGAAAAGAGAUCAGACACGAGUGAAAGGGGAACUAUGCAACUUUUUUGGCUUGAUUUACCUUAAUAUAACAGGCUAGGAGUCAUUGCGAUGGUUCCAUUAUACAUCUUUGUUCGAUUGUUCGUUGUUUCGACUCCCCCUUGCGCAUCUUGGCGGAGAAAAGGAAUAUGUUUCUGCCGGCGACCCGCCGCCCACUCUCGCGGGAGUCUCGGGUCUCGCGAAGUAACGAAUUGCUUUACGGCACAGACCCCCA